UACCGCAAAACGAAAUUAUUAUGUUUCAUCGUACGGUAGUUAGCUGAGCUGGUCGCAGGAGAAAGUCAUCAUAAUAAAAAUUCCGCUACUUGAUGCAUUGUUAUCACUGCAUACGUAAGUUCGAUAUUGUUCUGUUUACAAAGUUUAUGCCACUAUCUGGCGAUUGCAUCCUAAGUUAUCCGGAUCAACAGCAACUACAACAAUGAUCGUUAACACCGGGAAACUAGCUGGCCGAACACUGUUUAUUACCGGCGCCUCAAGAGGAAUUGGAAAAGCGAUCGCCCUGAAAGCAGCUCAAGAUGGUGCCAAUAUCGUGGUAGCUGCCAAGACCGCACAAGCCCAUCCCAAAUUACCUGGAACGAUAUACACAGCUGCCGCUGAAAUUGAGGCGGCCGGUGGAAAAGCGCUGCCAUGCAUUGUAGAUGUUCGGGAUGAGGAUGCUGUGCGGGCCGCAAUCAAGAGCGCAGUGGAUAAAUUCGGCGGGAUAGAUAUUGUAGUGAACAAUGCUAGUGCAAUCUCACUCACGCCAACGGAACAGACCGACAUGAAGCGCUACGAUCUGAUGCAUAACAUCAAUACUCGGGGUACCUUUUUAGUGUCUAAAGAAUGCAUUCCGUAUUUGAAGAAAAGCAACCAUGCACACAUUCUAAACAUUUCACCGCCCUUGAAUAUGAAUCCUCUCUGGUUUGGCAAUCAUGUGGCCUAUACCAUGGCGAAGUAUGGAAUGUCCAUGUGUGUCCUUGGUAUGGCCAGGGAAUUCAAAGGCGAUAACAUCGCAAUUAACGCGUUGUGGCCUAGAACUGCCAUCUACACAGCAGCGAUGGAGAUGUUGACCGGCAAAGAAAGUGAUCAAUUUUCACGUAAGCCGGAAAUAAUGAGCGAUGCGGCCUACGCUAUCCUCUGCAAAGAACCUAGAAAUUGUAGUGGAAAUUUCUACAUCGAUGAUGAAAUAUUAAAAGCGGAAGGAGUUACCGAUUUCAAACAGUAUGCAUGCGUUCCGGAGAAUGCUGAUAAACUGAUGGCAGACUUUUUCUUGGAUGUUGAACCAGAAAAACUGAUAGAAUUCGCUGCUGAAGGUAGCCACGCUGCGUCGUUGAAGAAAUCAGCGGAACCAGCAGGUAAAAUCGAGGGCUUAUUCAAGAAAAUUGAAUCGCUGCUCAGUGAUGAAAUUAUUAGCAAAACCAGAGCGGUUUAUGAGUUCAACGUGAAAGGGGAUGAAGCGGGAAUUUGGUUUGCCGAUCUCAAAAAUGGAGCAGGGAAAGUAGGUAAGGGUAAACCGCCGGUAGACGCCGAUGCCACCCUUACGAUGGACUCGAAGCACUUCUUCGACAUGUUCAGCGGAAAGCUGAAGCCCGCGAGUGCCUUCAUGACGGGCAAACUGAAGAUCAAGGGUGAUUUGCAGAAGGCAAUGAAACUAGAAAAGCUGAUGGGUGGUUUGAAAGCGAAGCUGUGAAUAAAUCCUAGCUUUGGUAAUGGUGAAACGGAACAGUAAGCGCCAGUUUGAAGGUCCGUCAUAUAUCAGUAACUACGGAACAGGCAUUUUAAUCGAGAACGGCCAAUUUUGGUGCAAUUUAAUAAAAUAAACAUAUGGAUUGUG